UUUUAUGCCCAUUUUUGCAGCAACCAUUAUACAUCUAGGCCAAGUCAUCAAGUAUAUAUAUUUUAACCAGUAGUAUAUGGAAAUCUUUGGUAUGAGAAUUAUCAUACAUAAACACAAAAAUGCUGUAUGGGCAUGCAUGAAUGUCAUCUUAGAUCAUGAAUUUGCCUCAAAAUAAAAAUCAAAUUCAGUAUGUAUUAGCAGGAAGUGUUCCUGCAAGUAACCUGAAAUUUCUUUUACAUCGCUUGCGUGGAUUAUGUGAGCAGGCAGCUGUAUCAGAUAAUUGCUUUGAGGAUCAUGAAGCAGUUUAUACUAUAAAAAGUUCUACCACUAGUUCGAGUUCAGUUUCAUUUCGAGUUCGCCGUUCUCUUGCACAUACAGACGCCCCACACCAAGUUCGAUACCUAGGUGCGGUAGAAGGUAACGAUAAAAACCGUGCUGCAACGAUGAGGAAUUGUAUCGAAGUCGACACAAACGAUAGUAUAACGAGCUUUCUCGAGCAAAUUGGUUUUCAAUUCGAUCACGAAACUAUUUUGCGUGGCUUUUUGUUUCGAAAAGGCGCGAUGCGAAUUACAGUAUCGCGUUUGCAUAAAAUACCAGAGAAAGGUGUUUUCAGUAACAUGUUACCGAUGACGGAUUCGUAUUUAGUUGAACUAACGUUAAACACGCUUGUUCAGCAAGACUCGCUUUGUCUCGAAAUGAGAGCGUUCGCGGAGCAUUUAAAACCGAUCGUAUUGUUAGAAAAGAUUGAACCAAAAAGGUAGUGUGAAAGAAAAUUAUUUUAUAUUGUUUUUUUUUGUAUAUAUCAUAUUUACAGAACUAAAAAUGUUAUAUUGUAUUGUUGUUGUUGUAAAAUCUCCUUAUAUGAUGGCAAAAUUUCUCCUUAAUAGCCUAA